GUAAAGACUCGCGGAGAAAGGAGCAGUCCCACUAUUGACGCGCACAGCAUUUCAAUCCGGACCUGUAUGGUUCGCGUCGCAGCUAUUCUCUGCUAUAGAGCGGGUUCCACGGCGACCCAUGAGAACUUUCAUUUGACUUCAUCUUUCCAUUUUCUUUUUUUAUUUUCAGUCAUUUAUCAUCCUUAUUUUUUCCUUCAUCCAAUAGGCUGCAAUUAUUUAAUUAUUGCCCAUCUUUUCCAAACUGCCUCAUUCAUUUUGGCAACUCUGGCAUUUUUCUCUCGUGUGCCUGAACGGAAUACCUCGACACAAGCUUGGGUUUCCUGCAUUUGGAAUUGGUACCUGCCUGGCUUUCUAUCCAAAUCGAGGGGAUUAACUUCCAUGUCUCAACGGACAUCCAGCACGACGGCGGCGACGACACUGGUCGCCUUCCUCUGAGGAAUGUACGUGCUCACCACAGCCGGUUGAUCGGAGAGUGCUCCACUCAGAAGUGUAUUUUACCGAAUGAGAAACUGUCUGCUGUCCGCGGUGCUGCUUUCUGUCAUCUCGAGCAGGACUAUUAGAGGAGUAGUUCUUCUCUUUGGGAUGGUUCACUUUUAACCGGGUUCCUUUUAUACAUUAUUUGCCUUUUUCUCCUGGAACGGGGAUAUUGAUUGUCACACGCGUCACUCCAAGACGUGUUCUUUUUUUAGUUUCUUUAUUUUUUCAUAUUAGAAAUUCCCGCGAAACGGAAUUUGACCGCAGCGGUCAUAACGGACGAUGGGCGACUCUCUGUGGAGAUAUUACUUUGGAGUUUUAGUCAUCGCGUGCAAGGUGAACCUGUCCCGCGCGCUCGUUCUCGACUCCAUAUACUGGAACACGACGAAUACCAAGUUCGUGCCAGGACAGGGCCUGGUGCUGUACCCACAGAUCGGGGAUAAGAUGGACAUAGUUUGCCCACGCGUGGAGGGCGGCUCAAUGGAAGGAGUGGAGUAUUAUAAACUCUAUAUGGUUCCUCGGGAACAGCUGGAGUCCUGUACGGUCACAAAGGCGGAUACGCCUUUACUCAACUGCGUCAAACCGGACCAGGACGUCAAAUUCACUCUUAAAUUCCAAGAGUUCAGCCCAAACCUCUGGGGCUUGGAGUUCUUCAGGGGAAAAGACUACUACAUUAUCUCUACGUCUAAUGGGACGAUGGACGGGCUGGAUAAUCAGGAAGGAGGGGUGUGUAAAACCAAGUGGAUGAAAAUCGUCAUGAAGGUUGGACAAAACCCCUCAGAUCCCAUUUUCCCCAAAGACUACCCCACCAGAUACCCCCCCAAAUACCACGACCCAGGGAUCAAGGACACCAAAACGAAUGAAGUACUUGACAAGCCUGAUGCAUCUCAACAUGGAGAAGAAAAAGGAGAAGGAAAUAAAUCCUCCGUCAUCGGUUCGGAGGUCGCCUUGUUUGCCGGCAUCGCCUCAGCCAGCGUCAUUGUCAUCAUCAUUAUCAUCAUGCUGGUGUUCCUCCUACUGAAGUAUCGACGACGUCACCGCAAACACUCGCCUCAACAUGCCACCACGCUGUCACUCAGCACGUUAGCCACACCCAAAAGAGGAGGCGGCAGCAACAACAACGGCUCUGAGCCGAGUGACAUCAUCAUCCCAUUGCGGACUGCUGACAGCGUCUUCUGCCCACAUUACGAGAAAGUGAGCGGUGAUUACGGACACCCCGUUUACAUCGUACAGGAAAUGCCGCCGCAGAGCCCGGCGAAUAUCUAUUAUAAAGUGUGACUUAAACUUUUUGACUUUAACUUCAACCCCCACACGCCCCUCGAUGAACCCCCGUACGGCGGGAUUGAAGCCUGAGCGCACCCUCGUCCCGCUCUCUCGUGGCUGUCUUUUUCGUUUUUGUAAGAAUAUUCCUGAUUAUUACUCUCGAGUUUAGAUGCUGAUGGUGGAGUGAAGCUCCUGAUUCGCUGCUCUUGCACCUGCAAAACAAAACAGAAAAUUUUAAAGAAAACAGGAAUCCCUCUGGGGGAUUGACGUGCACUAUAAGGGACGUUUAGGAUACUAUAGUGUGUUUAUGAGGGAGUAUGUGUGAAUCACACGAGCAGGGGGGUUGAGGGGUUGGGCAUGAAAGAGAGGUGAAGAAAAUGAUUCUUCCUCUUUUAUUUCACUGCAUUCUCCUGUAAAGACACGAGAGACGGAGAAGAGACGUGACUGGACGUAAGAAGUGAAUAAGCGUGGCUGACCUGUCACAAAAACAGGAAGUGAAUGCAGCGCAUUGGUCACAGCCACAGGAAGUAGAAUUAUUGAGGAAGCAGGAAGCUCCCGUCCACCUGCUCAUCGGACGUAUGGAGCGUACUGUUGGACAUUUCAAAGGACAUCACCCGUUUUUCUGCAUUCACUUGUACUGUUUUCAUUUACGUUAACUCGCCUCAUUUGUCCACCUCUGUCUCUUCUACAAAACGACUUUUACAAGGUGUACUUGAAGUCUUUUUGUACGGUCAUGCAUCUUGCAUUUCUUUCUGUCAUUCCCAGUUGCAGAUUUGUUUUGUUGAAGAACUAAUGUGUAUCAUACUAGAGAUCCUUUCGUGCUGGUAUUAUGUGCAGUUUCUGAGUACUGUGGGAGACACGUAGACACAUUUCAUUUAGUACACGUUAGCUGGCUGGUGGAGCGAAGGAGAAAGGUUAGUUGAAAUGAAUAGAUUUGGUACAGUUGUCGCUGUCUUGUUGCCUGCUGGGAAGGUGGAGGACCCACAUGGACACUUUAGCAGCACUUUGAAAGCCUCAUCAUCUUUGUGGAGCAUAAGCAAGACCAUUCAUAGCAAAUAGAGACAAAAGGGAGCGAUUCUACACAAAGCUCACUGAGCUGUGGCAUGAGCUGCCAUUUUGAAACAAAAUAGCCACCUUCCCCUGGCACAUUUGCUGGAAGAGAUUUGCAUGUCAUGUCAAGUUUCCUGUUUUACUAGUAUUUCUGCCAUUACAUUUACCAGUGCAGGCUGUGCAAUCCUUAUAGCUCAAAAGCACAGGGAUGUCACAACACGCAUCAUAACCAUUAAUUUUUUUUUUUAAAUUGACCACAAAAGAGUUAGUAGGAGCAUCUCUUUAGGAUUUUUUAAAAAUGUAGAUCAAAAUGGAUGGAAAGAGUGUGAGUGGAGUUUAUUUAUGAUGCAGGCAGACGGGCGCAAAACAGCAAACAUAUGAAUAAUUUAUGAAAGAUCUGCACAUUAUGCAAGCUUAGAGAUUUCCGUUAACGUACCGAUUUCUCCAUUUGCUAUUUGCUUUUUCCAUCAAUCCCUACACAAAUAGCCGCCUUUCCACACUACACACACACACACAUGCUCUCACAGCCAGGGAAGGGGUGGCUUUGGACGGAGCCCUCGGGGAAAACAGCAUGUUGGGUUUUAAAAUAGCUGAAAGGAAUGAGAGGGAAGGGCCAGAAACGGACCAAAGGAAGGGCAAGUCUAACGGAGACCUGACUAAACCAACUUCUCCGGCCUGCUUGUCUCUCUCGAUGAAGCUCAGAUGUGCUCUGAGUUGAAAUUAGGCCUCUUAAUCUGGAAAGAAAGCAGUAGACGUGGGUUAGCAAGCAUGCCUAACCCACGAGUCAAGGCUAAAUGUAGUAAAUUGCAUGAAAUGGAAUCUGUCAGGCUCAAAUUGUGAGAGGUUUCUGAAGGAACGAAAACACAAGUAUGAUUUAUGACUGAUACGGAGGUCACAAGUAGACCCAGCAUUCAUUUUAGAGAGGAAGCCACUAAGCAAAGGUCAGUGAAUCCCACAGUCCGCAGCUCCCAAAGGACUCUGUAAUUCCCAUUUUCCCUGACAGAAAGGUCUUGUCCCUGUGAUCGUGUGUUGUCAUUUGUGCAAACCCCUUCCUUAGCAAUGCCAGCCUGCAUUUACCAUACAUUAACUUCAGUUGUAAUUUGUUUACCAAAAGUGGACUUUUAAUGUCCACAAACUGUAUGAGGGCCACAUUAACUGUUCAUCCAUUUCUUUAUCACCUGUUCAUGGAGGUUCUUGAAUCUCGCUGAGAAGCCAAGCCUUGUGUGAUCGGAGCUUUGUGCCUCUGUAAGAGGCCACAAAAUCUGCAAAUAUGCAAUUUUUAUUUAUUUUUAUAACAAUUGAGAAAAAGAUGAUAUACGUUCACCUAUGGAAAAGUGUUCUUAACCACUGAAAUUAAAUGAAACAAUACAGCAUAAGAAAAUGUUACAA